ACAGCUUCGAGCAUUAACGAUUGCCCGCCAUGUCACAGAAGAUGGCUGGUCAGGGCUCGUCGCGCCCUGAUAACCCGCUGGCUCUUCCGGCGGGUAUCAACAAGCGGUGCGACUUGCCUCCCGAGGCCUACUGGCACGCCGGCCGUGUCAACACGCCCUUCACGACUCGCCCUAGCUACAACACCAGCGGUCAGUCUAUUAGGGUUGGCGUGAACCAGUUCCGCGUGAAGAGCGUCUCCGGCAAAGACGUUUACCAGUACGAUGUUAACAUUGUCCCCGAGCCCACUGGCGGGGUCGUCUACAAAAAGGUCUGGAAGUCCAUGGCGGUGCAGAGUGUGCUCGCCAAUUGCAAGGCACCUUGGAUUCAUGAUGGUCGAAAGCUUGCUUGGUCAACCUACAAUGUCCCGUCCCUGCGGUGUGAGGUUGACCUCGGCGCCGAUGAGGGCCGUCCGGGUCGCAAGGGCAACACUUUCACCAUUGUGAUUAAGCAGACCUCCAAGGUCCGCCUGGAGAUGCUGAAGGCGUACUUGACCAACAAGGCCGGCUGGGAUACCACGGUACUGGAGUGCAUGAGCUUCCUUGACCACGUCCUCCGUCAGGGCCCCUCUGAGAGCAUGCAUUUGAUCAAGCGCACUCUCUUCAAUGACUAUUCGGAGACCUAUCGCCUCAACAACGCCACUGAGGCGAUCAAGGGUAUCUACUCCGCCAUCCGCCUCAAUGAGUCGAUCAAGUCUGGUCAGCUCGGACUUGGAGUCAAUGUCGAUGUCUCCAACCAGACGUUCUGGGUGGGCCAGCCGCUCAUGCAACUGGCGCGCAACUUCUUGAGCUGCCACGACCCCAAGCGGUGGGGUAACCUCACCUACGAUCAAAUGCGCGACCUCCUCAAGCCUAUCGAGAUCAAGGUGGAGGGCAAGGCCCCCUUUUACGGUAUGUCUGAGUGCUUCAAGCUCCUCCGCCGCUUGCAAAACAUCCGGUUCGAGGUGAAGCACCGUGGCGACACGAGGGGCAACAAGGAGUACAAAGUCCGCGGCAUCCUGUUCAAGCAAGAGUAUGGCACAGAGGGUGGUCAUGCCAAGGCCGUCAAGUUCGACAAGAAGAUGCCUGACGGUAGCAUGAAGACUUACAGCAUCUUCGAGUACUACCUGCUACACUACAAGACCCGGAUUACGCACUGGUACUUUCCUCUGGUCGAGACGGCCAAAGCCGGCUACUUCCCCAUGGAAGUGUGCGAGGUCAAACGGUUCAACCCCUACCCUUUCAAGUUGGACCCCGCGCAGACCUCGGAGAUGAUCAAGUUCGCGGUCCAGCGCCCUCAGCAGCGCAGCCAGCAGAUUCUGACGAUGGUGAAGCACCUCGAAUGGGGCCAGGACCGCUAUCUUGCUCACUUCGGAAUCAAGAUCGACCCCACCAUGCCCAUGAUUGAAGCUAAGCUCAUCAAGAACCCCAUCGUCCAGUUUGGCAACCGGACCACCGACCCCAAGGUGAGCGGUCGCUGGGACCUUCGCGGCAUGAGGUUUGUCACCCCCAAUAAGCAGCCACUCGUAUCCUGGGGCUUUGUCAUUGUGGACAACUGUGUGGACGAGAGGACCGUCGAGAACUUCGCGAGUGUCUUCAAGACGACAUACACCGGCCACGGUGGCGUCAUCCAGAGGAACCCCAUCAUCAUGACUCCUCCGGGCGGGUUCGAACAUGACAAGGUGGUCAUGGAAUCGUUCAACAAGUGUGGCCAAACCAACAAGGCCACCCCCCAAAUCCUCUUCUUUAUCCUGAGGGACAAGACCUCCUGGAUCUAUGACCGGUUGAAGAAGAACGCCGAAUGCCGCGUUGCGUGCAUCACGCAGAUGUUGAACGCUCAGCACGUUCGCAGGGCUCAGGGCCAAUACAUCUCCAACGUCUGCAUGAAGGUCAACUCCAAGCUUGGCGGGCAAACCUCGAGGAUUGCGCACCAAGGGCAGGGUUCGGCAUUCUUCAAGGUUCCCACCAUGAUGAUCGGUGUUGACAUCUCUCACGGCAAUACCGGCACCGUCUCCGCGUCUACCGUAGCGAUGUGUGUCUCCAUGGACAAGGAUGCGGCAAUCUAUGAAGCCGCUGUUGAGACCAACGGCUGGGGCGUGGAAAUUGUGCAGCCGGCCAACAUGCAUUCCAUGCUCGGACCGAUCAUCGUCCGCUGGCGCAACAAGAACCGGGUUGUUCCGCAACACGUCUUCUACAUCCGCGAUGGCGUCUCGGAGGGUCAGUUCGCCCAUGUCAUGGAGUUCGAGUUCGAGGAGAUGAAGAAGGUGUUCCAAGAGCACCUGGGAACUGUUCCCAAGAUUACUGUCAUCAUCGCUACCAAGCGUCACCAUAUCCGCUUCUUCCCCGAGAGGGGUGACAGGAACGGCAACUGCCUGCCCGGCACGCUUGUGGAGCGGGAAGUCACGCACCCCUUCCACUACGAUUUCUACCUCUGCUCGCACGUGGCCAUCCAGGGCACAGCUCGUCCGGUGCACUACAACGUACUUCAUGACGAGUGCGCCCUGAAGGCUGAUGAUCUGCAGCGCAUUCUAUAUCAUCAGUGCUACCAGUAUUGCCGCUCGACCACGCCCGUCUCGCUGCAUCCCGCGGUGUACUACGCGCAUUUGGCCGGUGCCCGCGCCCGCCAUCACGAGAACAUGGCGACGAGCGAGCAGAUGCCCAAGGAGCAGAGAUACUUGGUGCUCAAGCGCCCCGGUCCCUUUGGCAAGUGGGAUAAGGACAGCCAGGCUCCCUCGGAGAAGGAGACAGCGCCUCCGCCGCUCAUGAGGCCUGGCCAGCAUGGCGGUCGCCCGGACGCCAUUGCAACCUUCAUCAGCACCAUGUGGUGGGUCUAAAGACCCAUCGGUGUCG